AUGGCAGUGAAAGUCUUCUGUCCUUGGUUAAUCACACCCCUACUGCCCAAUGCUAUACGAUUAUUUGCAGUGAGCGGAACGGUCCUGAAUCUUCUGUCAGAUGGAGACCGCGAACGCCUCACCGGCCUCCUCAUGCUCUCUGUGGGUGUCUGCGUAAUUUUUGGCCACAACGGCAGCCUGCCCGUUAUCUUCUACUUCACCACCGCCUUCCUCCUCAUCUUCACAACUGUCCUUGGCGCAGUGGUCUUCGAUGCCUCGCAGAAUUUCCCUCUAGGCACAACGGAUCGCAUGUUCAAACUUCUGAGAUGCAGUAGUUUAUGGACCAACGCUUUAAAUUCAUCCAAACCUACGCAGGCUCCCCAGAUCAUUGAGGCUGGCAUAUUACGUUGCAUUCGUAAGUAA